UAUUAAUUUAUCUUCAGAAAGUGAGCGUUUUUAAGAAUAAUACAAAUGCUGUCAGUGACAGUCAGUAAGUUGCUAAAUAUAAUUUGAAGAAAUAUAAACGUCUCACCUUUAGAUGAAGGACAUCUAUUCUGCCGCUCAGCAUAAGAGGAAGACGCCUUGCGAAGAAAUUGAAAGCGAAAGUUUGGAUUUGUGAGAACAACUUAAGACUUGGAGUUUCAUGUCGUUUCUUGUUCACCUGUGAGAAGUAUUUUAAGGGGGAACAAAGAUGGCAUCCAUCUCAUUUUAUGGCUGGGAGGUAUUUUAUGAUGAGGAUCGUCAUCUUCAGGCAAACCAAGAACCCAAAUCAGGAAGACUUUACACCAUGUAUCAUGGUACGUCUGUAAAAGUAGCUCGUGCGAUCAUAAGUACAGGCUUUCAGCCGUCACCAGAUGGAAUGCUGGGACCUGGAGUUUAUGUGAGCCGUGACCAGAAGAAAGCAGAGCGCUACCCUCUGAGAUCCCCAAUUACUGACAAAGUAGUGCUGAAAUUAAGCGUCGAUUGUGGAAAAGUAAAAAAAAUUGAUAAGGACAACCAUGCCCUACAGAAGACCUGGCACAGUCAAGGUUAUGACACUGCCUGGGUCCCUCCUAACUGUGGCAUGAAAGCUGUGCCCAGUGGCCUAGAAGAAGAUUGUGUCUAUGAUCCAGCACGCAUAGAGGUCACAGACAUUGCUCUUGCACCCAAUACGACCAUCUUAACCGAACUCAAACAGCUCAUUGCCCAAAACAAGAAGAGUCCAUCGAAAUCGAACACUUCAGGUAACUGUGGAGUGUGCAAGUUGAAACUGGGAUCUGCUCAUAAUAUACAGCCAUGCUGGGGAUGUGGAGAAACUAUCUGUGCUCUCAUGACCAAACACAGAUGUAAUUUCUCAGGGUUAAGAAACUGAUUGGAAAAUCAGAGCCAAUGCAUCAUUCAGGGAGAUCCUCAGGUUCUAGACUGGAUUGUUUACAUGUCUGUUUAUGUUCGACAGUGAUAUAAAAGUAGUUGAACUGUGUAUUUAAAAGGAUAGUUCACCCAAAAAUGAACAUUUGCUCAUGAUUGACUCACACUCAAAGGGGAUCUAAAUUUCUGCUGAACACAAGACAAGAUAUUCUGAAGAAUGUUGGAAACCAGAAGCCAUUGACAUUCAUAAUAGGAACAAAAAUUAUUGUGGACGGCAGUGGCCGCUGCUUUCCAACAUUAUUCAGCAGUAGAAUGGAAUUGGUAAAGAGAGUGUAAAUUAUGACAGAAUUUUCUUUUUUUUUGGUGAACUGUCCCUUUAAGAUCCUUUUGUUUUCUUAUAGUUCUCAAUGACACAAUCAUCUUUGACAUUUAUUAUCUGACUGUUUCUAUUUCCUGCUGAUGUGUGCCAUCUUAUUUGAUUAUGAAUUAGAAAUUAUAUUUGUGACCUGACAAUGCAUGCCUAAAGUGCAAUUGAAAGCUGAUUGAAAAUGUGGUUUACUUUUCUAUGAGUUCACAGUGACCUGUUUAAACCUUUUUUUUUAGCUGAUAUGUGCCAGCAAUCAUAUUAAAUAUGACUAGGAGAAUGAUCUAUGACAUGUGAUGUUGUAACUGUGUUUAAAAGUUCAACUGAAAGCUAAAAUUUAAGGUAAAAUACAUUUUAUAUGAAAAUGAAUUGUAUCAAAUUUAUUUAACUAAGUACAAAAUGCUGUGAAACGACCAACUCUGACAUUUACAGUUUGCUCUGGCUGUUUCUUUUCCUGCUGCUGAUUUUACAAUAUCAAUAAAUUAUUUUCCAUCAA